GGCACCAGGGUGGAGCUUAGAUCAACUUAGAUCAUCAUGCAGCUUCAGCUAACAGCUGAAUGGGUAAUUUUGAUUAUCGUUGUUCUCGUGGUACUUCUUUGUACUCCACUAUUGUGUGCGAAGCCCAGAAGGAGCGGAGUGGUGGUUCCCGAAGUGGAACCGGAAAGCAAGGGAACAGCACCAAAGACGCCAAGGACCGAAGGGCCACCACCGCCUCCACCAGCAGAUCCACCUCCACCAGAUCUACCAGAUCUACCAGACCUACCUCCAUUGCUGCAAUGGAUUCCACCUCGACCGGAACCAAUGGACAGUCCGCCUGGACCAUUGGAUGCUAUGCCUAAGGCACCAAAUCCAGCUCCAGAUGUGUCCAGAAGAUCGACUGCAUGCACCACCAGCGAUGUGUUUAGUUUCGGUUCCAGCUCUGCCCAUAGGAGCAGUUCGAGCUCCCAACGAAAUUGGCAUCAAGGCGUUGGUGGGCAACCCAUUGACAUGACCCAACCACGACCAAACUUCCGACCUGUGAGGUUGCACGCCGUUGAACGCCGUUUCAUUCCGGUGCUCCAAGGCCGAAGCUGUUUUGCACUGGGACCUAUGCCACAGCCACAACUACCUCUCCACACUAGAAGUGCAGAGCAAGAACAGCAAGAACUCCAAACACAAAGUAGCACAGCUUUGAAGCAAAGAAUCCCAGUCAUGUGCCAGACUCUGCACGGCGAGUUAGUCCCACAACCUUUGGUAGAUCGUAAAGGGCCAUGCGACCUGGAGAGCCUGCCCUCGUUGCAUACAUUGCGAUGUCAGUCAGUAUGUCCGCCGAUUGAAGUUGAUCGACCCAUCACCAUGCAGCCACAAGAACUGCAUUCAUUCUCACAAAGACCAGCUGCUUCGGAUACACCCGGACCAGCCUUGUGGCAGCCACAAUUGCGCUUGAUUUUGCCACAACAAAAGCCAGUAGGCACAGAAAGAGCCAUGCGAGCCAUGCAGACCUUAGAGUUUUUACCCAAACCUCCCGAGAUGUUGCAAAGAUGGUGCAGGAAGUCAGCUCCACAUUUACCACCAGCUGAGCCCCGCCCUUCAUGUCCAGUCUCUGGAGCAAGGCCUCGGCCAUUAAGAGCCACUGAUCUGCUUCCACUUUCGAUACCAAAACUGAAACCAAAGCAGCCAUCUGCAGGUGAUGCAGCUGACCUUGACCCAGCCACCAACAUUCCAAUCAACAUCAUUGUGCAGCCGGGGCCUAUGAUAUGGCGAAGCCACAUGAAAGAGCCUUCCUGGUGCACAUCUGUUCAACUGCGAAAGCCGGAGACUCCUGAGUGGCCAAUCAAUGGUAACCCUCAUGGUCCAAAGAGACCCGAAACAGAGCCUGGGCUAACGACACCAGCAACUCACUGCAAGGAGCCCGAGGAAUCAAAAGAAGAUUUGGGGGGAAAGGAGCGUCAAAAGACUCCAGCGCCCAAAGCAAUGCCCAAAGCGCCCAAAGCAAAGGCUCACAGAGGUGUAAGAUUUGCAACAAGAGAUGCGACAAAAGAGACCGAGAGUUCAAAGACGCGGAGUGCUUCCUCUAAAAAAACUCAAGAUAAGUCAGGAGUGUUGGAUUCGACUUCGGGAGGUCCAAGUCAUAGUUGGAAGAAAGGCAGGACCGGACGCGCAGAGCAAGAAGGGACGCCAGGACCAGGCCAUUAUUCUCCAAAACAUGCAGGAGUUCACGGAAGAUCGCACUAGCCGUUAACUCAAUCAUUCUUCUGGGCCAAAGAAGCUCCAGCUAACAAAAGUUGGGGGCACUCGAAGAAGGACCUUUGUCAAACAAAGAUGCUGCAGUCGGGGGACACACGCCAGAAGGC